CGGGGACUCGGCCGCUCGGGACAGCACGGCGGCCGCUGGAGUCGCCGUCCCGCGGCGUGGCCGCGCGUCUUCGGCUGCGAGCUCCCCGUGGUGCCGGCGACAUGUGGCGCCUGUCGGGACUGCUGGGCCGAGCUCUUCCCCGCCUGCUGGGAUCUGACCUUCAAAGUGUGACUCCUAAGUCUACCAGCCCAGAUGGGCCUCAGGCAGCCGCCUCCACACUGCUGGUCCCUGUGCCCAACUUUCAGCGGUCACGCACCCAUGGCCCGGGCACAAGACGGGGUCCAAGGAACCAUGGGUGGAAGGAUGCCUUCCACUGGAUGUCUGCUCGUGUCUCGCCCAACACUCUGUGGGAUGCAUUAUCAUGGGGCACGCUGGCCGUGCUGGCCCUGCAGCUGGCCAGGCAGAUCCACUCCCAGGCUUCCCUGCCUGCAGGACCGCAGCAGCCGGAACACUGCUCUUGGCGCAGUCCCCUGGACCGUUUCCUCCCAUCCGCCCCGUGGCAGCCGCACUCCUCACUGCGGAGGCACAUUCUCCCCCUCGCCAACGGCCCUACUCCUGCUCCUAAUCCCGGGUACACUGGCCUUGGGGACUCCAGGCACAGCCCAGAAGAACCCUUGACUCGGCCCCAGAGCAUCUCCUUGCGCAGCCCCUUGGAGGCAGCUGGCCUCCAGGACCUCUCCGAGGAAGGUCCCGGUGACUGGGCCUUGCUCCAUGCCAGCAGUAGCUCCGACUCCACGGCGACAGCAGCCCAGCCUGGGCCCCUGGGAGACAGGAAGGAACAAGACACGUCAGCAGCUCUUCCACUUGAGGAGGCCGUGACUUCCAUUCAGCAGCUCUUCGAGCUCAGUGUUUCCAUCGCCUUCAACUUCCUGGGGACAGAGAACGUAAGGAACGGGGACGACGCAGCAGCCUUUUCUUACUUCCAGAAAGCUGCAGACCGUGGCUACAGCAAAGCACAGUACAACGUGGGCUUGUGUCACGAGCGUGGGAGAGGCACCCCGAGGGACCUGAGCAAGGCAGUCCUGUAUUACCAGCUGGCUGCCAGCCAGGGCCAUGGCCUGGCUCAGUACCGCUGUGCCCGGUGCCUGCUGCAGGGCUCCACCUCGUCCUGGGAUGCUGAGCGGCAGAGGGCCAUGUCCAUGCUGGAGCAGGCUGCGGACUCGGGCUUGAGAGAGGCCCAAGCUUUUCUCGGGGUGCUUUUCACCAAGGAGCCGCACCUGGAUGAGCAGAGAGCUGUGAAGUACCUGCAGCUCGCCGCCGACAACGGGGACUCACAGAGCAGGUACCACCUGGGGAUUUGCUAUGAGAAGGGCCUUGGUGUGCAGAGGAGUCUGGGAGAGGCUGUGAGAUGUUACCGGCAGUCAGCGGCUCUGGGAAACCAGCCCGCCCAGGAGAGGCUGCGGACGCUGUUUGCCGUGAAGGCAGCAGCUCCGGGGCCCAGCAACCUGGCAGUUACUGGGUUGAAGUCUUUCUCCAGCCCCUCCCUCUGCAGCCUGAACACCUUGCUAGUGGGAGCCUCGUGCCUCCCACAUGCCUCGAGCACGGGCAACCUCGGCCUCCUGUGCAGAAGCAGGCAUCUCGGGGCCCCCAGCAGGACCGCCCCGUCCUUGGAGAGGAGUCUUCUAAGGCUGGGUUUUGGCUAAGGUGCGGUCAGACACAGUGGCUAGUGCCUCUCCGGGCCCGGGGGUGGGCACAGGAAGUUGAAUGACAAAAAUAGGGUGUCAGUGUACUGCCCUGGGUGAACACUCCAGUGGCACCCAAGACCCCAGGUUCAAGUGCAUAGCUAACAAAUGACUUGGACCGUUUCCCCCACUUGGCGGAUGCAUUCACAGUCAUUCCUGGUCUGUGCACCAGAGAUUCACUCGGUGACCUGUGCGAAACUGCCGAGGGGUCCGAGACCCUGGGCCUCACCUCAGCCUUUGCCCUGGAGCAGACAGCUUCAGCUUUCCCCUCCCCGGGCCUCAGCUUCCUCACACCUCGACUCUGCCAACACCGGACGCCUGCUCCUCUGUGGUUCACAGGGUGACCUCGGGCAGGAUUCAGAUCCAUGUCUUUUUAGUGUAGUAGCUGUGUGUUUAUCACAGAAUGUGACAGCGUGACCAGCCUGCCCACCUGUAGCUUUACAGACGGCAUGGCUUGGAUGAAGCUAACUUAGAAAAGAAAGGGGAGGUAAUUUAAAGAAAACCAUGGCCUCAAGGUGAGCCCAGGUCCAGAGAGGCGGCAGAAGUGGGGGGAGUGGUUCCAUGAACAGCUGGAGCCCGGAGGGCCACAGUCGGGUCGUCCCUGAGACUGGCCUGGACCUUCGCCUUUGUUCAUCCCCGGUAGAGAGAGUCGCGAUCUUUCUCCUUGCCCUCUGAGUGGGGAGGAAGCUCUCCCUCCCUGACUGCCUGGAUGUGUCUGCACCUGCUUGACUUUUCCAGACCUUCUCACUCCAGUCCUAGACAGAGCCUGUGAGUUCUCAGACUUCACCACUUGAGUCCCAACGAAGAGGCUGAUUGUCCAUGCACCUCCCAAAAACCUGAAGCACCUGCAUGGCACAGCAACCAAGAGGGAAGUGUGCGACGUCCCUGGCGGCCCUGACCUGACUCGCCGUACUGUGUCCUCUGUUGUAGACCACGGACAGUGGUGUGUGCCCUCUGCCAUACAGGACUGACCUGAUGUAGACACCUGUGUGUCUGCAGAGCACGCCCCAGUGCCCACUCAGCCUGCGGAGGCAGUGGGCUGCCCUGGGUGUCAGGAGGCCACGGGCUCACGCUGCGAUCUUAGGCGCAGGCAUGACUCUCAUCCUCCCGACGUGAGAGAGGACCUGGAGUCCAGCACCAGGCGCCUCGGAGCCAGACAGGGGACUGUGAGUGCUUGUUUGGGAAAGGUGUGCGGAAUCGUAGGGGUGUUUAAUAAAGCAGAGAUCGGAUUAUCUCAUCAUUCUUGCCCUUGAGC